AUGACCAUAUGUAACAGCAAGAAGAAGAAUGCGGGGUCGGAGGAUGACAAGCUGCUUUUCAAGACGUGCACAGAGUCCACAGAAUAUCUCCACUUAUAUUUUAAGGAGUUGAAGGAACACCUGAUCACGCACAAGAAGUAUGAGGAGCUGUUUAACUUUUGCUACGCCACACUGAGGGAUAUAAAGAACCCCGCCAUCUCGCGGACCACGGCUCUGAAGGUCAUCGGCAUAGCAUUCACGCUGAAUCCCAAGUCUGCGGACCUACCAGUGAGCAAAAACAUCAUCACAUACGCAUACAAACUGCUGAAGCGAAAUAAAGAAGGGACGAACAGAAAAUACUUCACCUACUUUGGUCAUAGCACGAACAUAGAAAAAGACAGCCUCGUUAGUGAGUCAAAAAAUUUGUUCAAAACAAUAGAAGCGAUUAAGGCGAAACAACAAUUGAAGGAUCAGAACUUUAUUAAAAAUAUUUUUAGGAAGAUACAGAAGAAGAAAAUUUUUAUUGGGCAGGGAUGCUCCGUGUCGUAUUCCCCGCUGCUUAGUGAUUUUACGAAUGCGAAGAAGGACCUGCUCGAGUUGCUCGAAACGGAGUUUGUAAGCCAUGGCAAGGUCGACCAGGUCUACUCUGACUACGUGAGGUGCCUCAAUGAGGUGAAGGAAAGGACCAUCGAAUUUUUGGAAAAUGGCGAAUAUGAAUCUUACUGCAAAUUUUUUGACGAAAUGCAAGAGGAAGACGAAAUAAACGUUCGCUACGAAUCCUACCUGCUCAGCUGCCCAGAGUUGCUCAAGGAGAAGGAGCAUAAGGAUUCCAGCAGAGAGGCCACCCCGUCACAGAGGGAACAGUUAAAAGCAAAAUUGGGUGGCCCAUUUUUAAACAACCAAGUGGGUUGCGAGGAGGGAAAUAAAAGGACAAGCAGCAUGAACAGGCGGAUGGACAACCGUUCACAGGCCAGCAACGAAAGAAGUGUCACUUCCACGGUAGGAUCAAAUAACAGAAAAAAAAUUCAUGAGAAAGGUGAAUUUAAAUCCCUAUCCAAAAAUAUUACGGGUAGUCUGACAAAAUUUGCUUCCUCUUUUGUGAUAAAUGCUCCAUCGGGGGCAGCAGCCAGUGGAGUGGAGGACAAUAUGAACGACGAAGGAGGGACAGUUGGAACGUUGGACAUGAUGAACCAGAAGAAACCUCCCUGUGAUGAUGACAAUAGAGGGGGAGGGACGGGGGGAAAAUCAGUCCUGUUUGAGCCGAGCAGCAACACGGUGAAGAGUGCUUCGGUAGACAGGGAUAAAUGCAACGACAUCAAAAAUGGGAAGAAGAAAUUAAUAAACACAAGUAAGAGGAACAUGAAGGAACAGAGUGCGGAGGAGCCCCCUUUAUUCCCCGAUGAAAGGGCAACACCGGGGGAUGCACAGGUGGACACGAAGAAGAAGGCCUCCUUCAACAAGACGGUUGCGUUUGAUCUUGUGGGAACGGAGAAGGCCUCCCAAGAUCCCAAAUGCCCCGGAAAACACCAACUCACAACGCGUGGGGACCACUUUAACGAAAAGGAGAUCGAAAUAAUAAACGAGUUCAAUGCAUACCUAAACGAAGGAAUGAAUCAUCUAAGGGCGGAACAAAGUCCCUACCAAAAGGAGUGCAAAGAAUUUAAGAACUACGUACAUGAUGGAAAUAAUGCCCUUUGGGAUAGCCUCAUAAAGAAGAGCAACUUCUACUCCAUUAAGGAAGACUUUUUAAAUUACAAUAAAUUUUUGAAGGCAAAGGAAAAGGACACCAAGGAGCAAACUUUGGGAGAUCUCCUCGGCAUGAACAAAUACAUUGACUUGAAAAAAAAAAAAAAAAAGUAUAUAAAUAAAAACAGAAAAAUGAAUCCAGAUGAGCUAAACUGUAUCAUCAACAAGUUCACAAACAAUUUAUCUCAAAGUAGGCACUUCAAAAAUGAGCCGCAUUUUCAAGCACAGGAACACGCAGGAGGAGUGCCUUUUACCUCUGUUGAAACUUCCUUAGGAAUUAAUCAAAACCACAGCGAUAAGAGAAACUCCGUCAUUUCAUUACAAAGGAAUGACUCCACACACAUCUCCUCCUGCAGUAAGUACUUUACGAAGAACGACAACAUAUCUUACGUACAAGACGCAGUGUUAAAAAAUGGGUCCCUUCUGUUAUCUGACGACAACCUCGAGAUAUCCCUCAGUCAGCACUACUACGGAAACAACGGGUUGAUAAAAAUUUACGUCAAGAAUAAGAAGAUGGUGAACUACUACGACGUGGAUAUUAAUAUAUCGAACAAAAUUUUGUUCCCUUUGAAAAUCAAGUUUCUGAACUACGAGAGGAUGCUCUGCGCAAAUGCGACCAACUGCUACGAAAUGGCCGUGAAGUGUUUACACAUGUAUAAGGGCUUUCCCCUAAUUAAGAUUUCCUACCGCAUGCAAGACAUGUUCAGAAAAAGCAUCGAGUUGAGGCUGCCCAUCCCGAUCAACAAAUUUAUGAAGAACAUAAAAAUCACGAAAGACGUUUUUGUCAAAUUCUGGAACAACGAAAAUUUUAAUAUAUAUAAAAAGGAGAAGGUCAUCCACAAGGCCAACUCGGUGGACACAGAGGAGAUCGUCUCCAUGUCCUGUUUGGGAAACGCCCUCAGUGUGUGCUACAUAGAAGAUGCAAUUUAUUUGAGCGGGUGCUAUGCGGACAAUGCAAGUGCACUGGAUAAUUAUUUCGUGCUCGUGGGAAUUGAGGUCCUGAAGAACAAACUGAAGAUCACAUGUAAGUCGAACAACCCCACGCUAUCAUCGGCCAUCCUUUUUUUAAUCAUACUAGUUCUUAAGAAGCACGACCAGGUGUAG